CUAUGUAACGGUCUCUACCAAAAUUUCUUGCCGCAUCCGGCUCCUCAAUUGCAUUGUUUUCCUAUAAUUUACUAAAAUUAAAAAAUCAACAUGCCACAGAAACCAAAGAAGAAGCCUCCACCAUCGGCGAGCUCCUAUGAAAACAUCACAUUUGCUAAUGCAGAGACUCAAAUGUCACAGUUUGUUAAGUAUUACAAGGGAAUCGGAUUGGUUGGAGAAGAAGAGUGGAAGCAUUUUUUACAGUCUCUCUUCAAUGAGCUGCCUCUGUCCUUCCGUAUAUCAGCCCGUACUCGCAGGUGUAACAACAUCUACGAUGGAAGGCCAGGCGUUCUCAGUGAAGCGGAGGUAUUGCGUGAGUAUCUGAAGAAUGAGAUCAUUACUAAGCUCUCUGGAGUGGAGGUAGAUGGCGAACCAUUCCAGAUCAAGUCUAUACCCUGGUAUCCAAACCAGAUGGGAUGGAAAGCAAGCACAGACUUCAAAAUGCUAUCACAGUCUUCAGAACUCAAACCAAUUGCUGAGUUCUUGUUCAGUGAGGAGAAAGGGUUGACGUUAUUUAACCAGGAUUUGACCAGCAUGAUUCCACCCCUGCUUGUGGAUGUUCUACCGCAGCAUAAGGUGUUGGAGCUUCACUGCGGGGUAGGUCAUCAGACGGCCCAGAUCAUGGAGCUACUAUAUGCCAAUCCGAAGAAAAUGCCAGAUGGUUUUCUGGUGGCCAAUGAUAAAGACAGAAGCCGAACCCAGUAUCGCAUCAAUCAAGGAACAAACAUCUUAUACACACACCACCCAGCUGAGACCUUCCCAGACCUGUACCUUACUCCUGAGCAUGACCAAGACAGCAAAGUCCUGUAUGAUCGCAUCUUCCUGGAUGGAGCGUCAUCGAAUGAUGGUUCAUUGAGGUCAAACCCUAAACUGAGGAUUGGCUGGUCGAUAACAAAUGCUCAGAAAAAUCAUACUGAGUUGAAGAAACAGGUACGACGAGCUUUGGAGCUACUGGAGAUCAACGGACAGCUAGUUUACUCCACCCAGUCAAUGAACCCACUGGAAAAUGAGGCUGUUGUGGCUGCCAUCAUGAGUGAGGCACCAGGUGCACUCAAGCUAGUGGAUGUGAAGAACAAGCUCCCCAGUUUUCACAUCCGCCAGGGCAUGACACAAUGGAAGGUGAUGAGCCAGGGCCUGGUGUUCUACGACAAGUUUGAUGACGCCCCGGCCUGGUACCAGAAGGAGAAUGAGCGCUCUCUCUUCCCGCCGGACAACAUUGGUGCUCUCAACAUUGAGAAAUGUCUUCGUGUGCUGCCGCAUGACAAUGACACCGGUGCCUUUUUUGUGGCUGUCUUCAUGAAGAUGGGGGACCUACCCUGGGUCAAGGAAGAGGCAGAAGAGGCUAAGGUGAAGAUGGAGACUGACGAAGCUGGUGGAAUGGCUGAUGGCGAUGCCAAGAAGGAAGAAGACAAACCGAAAUAUCUGACUCCACUGAGAUGUGACGUGAAUGUGUCCGUGACUGAGAUCGAGUGGACCACGGAAAUCACAGACGAACAGCUGAACACACGCACUGAUACAGAGGUGUCCAACUUUGGACUCCCGGAGAUUAAUAUUUCCAAAUGUUGUAUCCCGCUAAGCCUGCAGAGGAAGAUGAAAGCUGAACGUAGCGGCUACAAAGAGAUCACUGAGGAUAAUCCAGACUGGGCGAAAAUAAAGGACCGGUUUGACAUCAAGAAGUUUGACCCCGUUCCCUACAUGCUUCAGUAUGAUGAGGACGGACAAACGAACGCUAUGUACUACUUUUGUAGUCCCGACAUCAAGAAGCUCAUACUUUAUAAUAAGGAUGCUGUGAUGUCGAGGAAAUCUGCUGGAGGAUUGACCUUUAUGAAAGGAUGUCUAAACACCUGUCAAGACCUCUACCCUGGGGCUGUUCUUCCACUGAUGCCGUACAUCAACAAGCGACUGUUGAGUGUCCCCAAAUCGGACCUUGUUCUUAUGCUGGAGAAUAAAGAAGUCCUGUUCGAUAAAUUCUCCGACAAAGUUAAGGCCACUCUGGAAGGGAUGAAAGAUGAGACUGGUUACAUGUACUUCUACUAUGAACCGAAGGGAAAGAACGCCGAUCCACGGUGUACCAUCAUCAUAAAGCGCGAGAAGUUUGAUUCGUUCGUCAAGAAAACCUUCAGCCCCUACUCCAACGAUGAUAAACAUAAUCUGAGGCUCUGUGGAAUCACCUCCGAUGAGGAGGAAGGCCAGGAAAACAUGCAAGUGGACGGAGUUGCAGAAUAGCUACUUGGUUGAAUACCUUCACAUCUCAUCACAUUGACCAUCAACUUGCAAAAGAUUUCAACAUCCUGAUUUCAAAGUUGUCUGAAUAAUUGCCUACGGUUCAUUUCUAUGAUGUUGAUGAUCACAAAUUAAGUCAUGAACUUUGCCAUAUCUCUGAAAUUAACCAUGAAAAGUGAUUUGUGCAGUUUCAAGAGACUGUAUUAGAAACCAGAUAAACUGAUAUUUUAUGACAUUAGUCGUUAAAAAAAUCCUUACUCCAUGAAAUCAAUAUCUUACCAUAAGCUUUAUGUAAAGAAAAGCUGUGUUUUUUAGUUUCAUCUAGCCUGACUUGGUGAAUAGUUAUAGAACUGGAACUCAUAUCAUUAAGAUCACAGAACAAUUGACCGAUUGAUAAUAAUUUUGUUUUAGAAAUUUAAAAUGUAUUAGCAUCUUUAUAUAAUAAUGUCUUUGCUUUGAGCGAUGAGUUAAAAAAAAGAAGACAUUUUUAUCCUGUUACUGUUUGAAAUUUAUCAUACUGUAAUGACUUUUUAUUGUCCAAUCAAAUUUUAUUAUAUAUUUACCAUAUCUGUAAUAAAAUGAAGCUGUAUUCAAACCACACUUUGAAGUAGAGAGUUUUAACUUCUUUUACGUCAAUGUUAGAUGUUGUGAAUUGUGAAAAAUGUACAUUUUUUCCCUUUUCUGUUCCUGUUUCAGAAAAACAAUCAUGAGUAAUUAAGGAUAAAUACAAGGUAAAUGGCAGUACAUUCUACUGUUCCCUUUUCAAUUAACAAUUUCUGGAAAAGUGACCUAAAAAAAAAUUGUGAACUUUCAACUUGGAAUGUAAUAUUCAUGUAACACUGUUGUCAUUCUUUUGUAAUAUCAGCAAAUUUUCAUAAUAAAAUAACUGAUCAAAA